AAAUUUUAGAAUUCAACAUAAGAGUUGCCCUAAAUCAGCUGAUAGUACCAGAUAAACACAAUAAACAAUACUAUUAUUUUAGCACAUUUUCUUGUUUAUGUUAUAAAUGCACUUUUAGCACAUUUUCUUGUUAAUAAUAUAAAUGAUGAAGACCGAGACGUAUAACGAGAUUACAACGACAAUUCGUAAUUUUCGAGGGCUGUCGAAAGAUUGUGCCAAAAUGCUGAAGGAAAAAUAUAAUGACAUCCAUUCAAAUACAUUGCAUAGCAUUUUAUCUUUAGAGAUACAACAGAAAAUGAAGGUUAACCAUAUUAAAUUAUUUGGGAAUAAAAGUUAUUACGACAGUUAUUUGGAGGCAGUACAGAAUGGAGAACCAACAGGUAUUUUAUUGAGAAUGGCAAAAAAUAUUGAUGCUGCACCAGCCUUAUUAGCACGUAAUGUUUUGGAGAAAUACUGUGUGUGUAAUAAUGCAAAUGUGUCAAAAAAUGUAAUUACUAAGCUGUUUAAGGAUACUACACUCAUCGGAGAUAAAGAUCUUGCAUAUGAAAUUUACCUGUGUAUAUUAUAUGACGAUUUGUACGGUCCUAUAGCUGAUGCUAUGGGGAUUUGUAUAGGACAAGAAUAUGAAAUAAAACUUCAAGAUUGUUUAAUACAAAGAAAUAUUGCAUUCCGUAAUGAGGAACAUUUACGAUUACGAGGAUAUGAUAAGACUCCAGACAUCAAGCUGGAAGUUCCAAUUGCAGUGAAUGGCUGUGUAAUAAAUUGGAUUGAAUCUAAGGCUCGAUUUGGCAAUGUGGAAGUUCAUCAAAAGUAUAUAAAGGAACAGUUCUUGAGUUAUUGGAAUAGAUUCGGAUCUGGACUUGUUAUUUAUUGGUUUGGAUUUCUUGAAAGUCUGAACAAAUCAACUGAGAAGAAGUUCAUUAUAAUGGAUCACUUUCCCGAAAAUGUUACAUACAUGGAUCCAGCUUGUAUCAAGCCUACCACCAAUAGUACAUGAUUAUUAUCAAUACAUUGCAUUUAUCCAUUGCCACGAUGCCUAUCAUGGAUUAACAUCAUAUAUUUCCUGACUUUUGUUAAAUAGAUAAAUACUGUUUUAUAUUUUUAUACUGAUUACAUAAUCAUAUUUAAAUGAUUAAAAUCUUUAUU